ACGUGAGAGUGCAUGUCAGAAUUUGUUCCAGGAAGUUAUUUUGAGAUCUUUAAAUAAAAAAGUAAAACCUUGCGCUUUGCCUUUGAAAUAGUCCAGAGGCUAAGCUUAUUUCAUUGAAACGAAUUAGAUAUAUUUCAGGUUUUAUUUCCAAAGUGAUCUUGUAGCAGUAUGGCCUCCAUUUCGCAGUAGCUAAGAUGUUAUGCAAUGAACGUGAGCAGCGGUGUCUGCUGGUUACGCAAAGGGCUAGAUAUAGCCAUUUUAGCAUGAAGUUAGCUUGUUUUGUCAGUACUGUAAAGCGGUCUCAAACAAAGCGAAAUCGGACUCUUCCCCGCCGUUUAAGCUAGAUUUCGAACGUCAUCUCCAAGCAAUGGCUCUGAUGACAUCGGCAAGAAGACUAUUUCAUGUUUCGUUCCGAGAAAAGUCUCUACGACGAGCUGAAGCACUUAUUUCAGCAACAAACACAACGUCGGGGAAUUUAUCAUUGGCCGGUCAGCGAAUGGCCUGUAUUCGUGUAAGGGAUUUUAGCAACAACACACAACCUCUUAGAGCUGACAAUAAGGUGACGGUCCACUUCACCAAUCGAGAUGGAGAGAAGAUCUCUGUCAAAGGCUCUCCUGGAGACUCUCUCCUAGAUGUCAUUAUCGACCAGGACCUCGAUUUUGAUGGGUUCGGUGCAUGUGAGGGGACACUGGCCUGUUCUACCUGUCACCUGAUCUUUGAGGAAGACGUGUAUAAUAAGCUGGGCCCCAUUACUGACGAGGAGAUGGAUAUGCUGGACCUGGCCUACGGACUCACAGACACGUCCCGCCUGGGUUGCCAGAUCUGCCUGACCAGGUCCCUGGAAGGCAUUACAGCGAGGGUGCCUGAGAGUGUGGCAGACAUCCGACAGAGUGGAGACGGGUCCUCAUAAUGGCCACCCCAGGCCAGAGUAAUAGAUGUACUGAAAUUUGCCCAAAUCAAUGCUUUAUUUCAACACUAGCAUGACCAAAUAAUGCCCAAUUCUAAGUGGUAAUGGAAGACACUGUAUUUAUAGAGAUUAUGAGAUAUUAACAUUUGAAUGAGUCCCCAUCAUAGUUUUACAUUCACUUUAUACAGGGAACAAUGGGGAAAGUUGGCAAAUAAUUUCUCUGUGCCAAGCAGGUUCUGGAGAAGAGAAGAAAGUUUAGAUGGAAGUCUCCAAUCAGCCCCCCCCCCCCCCCCCCCCCCCCCCCUUAACGGUUGUGAAGUAGUAUAUACUGAACAGAAAUAUUAAUGCAACAAUCUCAAAUAUUUUACUGAGUUAGUUGAUAUGAGGAAAUCUGUCAAUUGAAAUAAAUAAAUUAGGUCCUAAUCUAUGGAUUUCACAUGACUGGGAAUACAGAUAUGCGUCUGUUAGUUAUAGAUAUUUUAAUAGAAAUGGGCCUCGGGAUCUCAUUACGGUGCUCCUGUGCAUUCAAAUUGCCAUCAAUAAAAUGCAGUUGUGUUUGUGGCUUAUGCCUGCCCAUACCAUAACCCCACUGCCACCAUGGGGCACUCUGUUCACAACGUUGACAUCAGCAAACCACCAUACACAUGGUCUGAGGUUGUGAGGCCGGUUGGACAUUCUGCCCAAUUCUCUAAAAUAACGUUGGAGGCAGCUUAUGUUAGACAAAUGAACAUUCUAUUAUCUGGCAACAGCUCUGAUGGACCUUCCUGCAAUCAGCCUGCCAAUGGCAAACUCCUUCAAACUUGAGACAUCUGUGACAUUGUGUUGUGACGAAACUGAACAUUUUAGAGUGACCUUUUAUUGUCCUCAGCACAAGGUGCACCUGUGUAAUGAUCAUGCUGUUUAAUCAGCUUCUUGAUAUGCCACACCUGUCAGGUGGAUAGAUUAUCUUGAUCACUUUCAUAUUCCACUACCUCCCUGGUGAGUACUUAGAAAUAACACAUUCAAAUAGUUGUUUUUUGUGCUAUUACCAAUACACGGUACCAAUUGUAUUGAAUUCUUUAAAAUAAGUACCAAGAAGUGCAGCUUGUCACCAUGUAGUUUCUGAGUAAAUACCAGCUGAAACAGGAUUGUAAAGUCACCCAUCCAGACUUCAGAAUGACACCCAUUAAUCUGGCCAGAUUCGAGACUGGUUAGGAUGCCUUAUCUUGUCACUUCUAUGGCCACCCUAGCCUUUGUUUUAUCAAGUUGUGUACCCUUACUGUCUUUAGUGUUGUCCUACCACUCGUGUAAUCAAAUAUUAAUUUCAUAUUCCACGUGAUUGUAAAUAGCACUCAUCUGUGUCUAGUCAGAGAAAUUCUGUAUUAAAAUUGACUUUCUAAUUAGUCUGAUUUUU